CCUAGAGUUUAGCAUUCCAACCAUAACCAAUCAAACCAACUCUAUCUAUCAAUUUUUUAACAUUUUCCAUAUUUUCAUUUUCGAUCACAAUGUCUGAUCACUCUCAGAAUAUCAAAACCGUUUUGAGGCCAAAAAUUUUUCGAGAAUACGUUGGCGUGAAGGAUGAGCCAGAAACUUUAGAUGAUUUUCCUGUUAAUAUCAUCCAUGAUGAUGUCAAUCAAUUCCACUUCAUUCUAGGCUUCGCCACUGAGGCGUAUAAAGAUGGAAAAGGAACGGGACAUUUCAUUCGUGAUUGGAACUUUGAUUACUUCAGCCCAGAAAAAGUGUUUGAACACAAGAAAAAAUAUAAGAAUAUGAAGGUUAUGAUAACUAUUGGAGGCCAUGGCCCUAAAUAUCCAUUCAAUCCUAAGGAGAAAAAGGUAUGGAUUUUCAAUGCCACAAGCUCGAUCAGACAUAUCAUUCAAGACUAUGAGAACUACCUUGUCAAUGAUAAUAGCUGCCACUGCACUAGCAUAAUUGAUGGUAUUGAUAUUAACUAUGAGUAUAUCGAUUCUAGUGUGACUGGGGCUGACUUCUCCAACUGCAUUGGAGAAGUUAUUAAACGUCUCAAGAAGGAUAAGCAUGUAUCCAAAUCCAUGGAAUAUGUGUCCAUUGCUCCGACAGAGCUCCUCCAAGCCCACUACCGCACAUUGUUCUGGGACCACAAAAUGAAUAUUAACUAUGUUGAUUACAAGUUCUACAAUCAAACUAUAUCCACAGAGAAUGAGUUUGAUGAGCUCUACAAUCAACUAGUAACGGAUUACGGCGGUGAGCUUAAACUUUUGGUAGGUGUUAGCACCGAUCCAAGUGAUACUAAGAUGAAGCGACAGGUGUUCAUUGAGGGCGUCACAAGACUGAUCAACAACAAAUCACUCCCUGGACUUUUUGUUUGGAGUGCUAAUGACUCUGCCAACCCACCGAGCAAUGACAUCGAGCCUUACAUCUUGGAGGAAAUUCUACUAGAACUCUUUACCAAUAAUUGAUUACUAGCUACAUGAUAGCUAAUAAUUAAUAUUUUAUUUUUCGAUCGGGUCAUUUAUCACGUAUUAUAUUAUAGCAAUAUGCCAUAAUAUAAUAUGUUACAUAUUCUAAAUAAGACCCAUGAUCAUGUGUGUGAUUUUAUUUAGUACUACUGCAUGUGUGUGUUGUGCUUGCCACAUUUUUUUUUUUGUAUCAAUAUUAUGUUGUGUUUGAAUUUGAAUGAAUAUCUUUUGUCAUUGUAUCCGAGUGGAAAAACUAAUUCUUAUGUUGUGUUAUUAUA